AUGGCCACGAUUUCACAGAACGCGUCUAUAGUGGAACUACUUCGCGACACAGUUACAGGGUCCAUGUAUAGUAAGGCAUGGCACGAUGACAAUGGAAUCAAUUCGCGUGGGGAUGAUAAGGUUGGCGACUGGUACACAAUCAGAGCCUUUUCAGCCGUAUACCACAGGAAUGUAACAGAUCCAGACUUGCGCAGUCAAAUCCGAGAGUACUUGGGAGUACAAUAUAACGCUUUGCUUGAUUUCGCAAGAGUACCCGGGAGUGAUAUAUACGGUGACUCUUGGACGGUUGCUCCCGGCCCAGGAUUCGUGGUUGAUUCUUCGAAACAAACUGCUGCUCUUCCUGUGCUUAUUAGCGCGAUUUCACUGCGGAAUGAAACAAACACCACCGACAACGACCUUCCCACUUCUACUAGUACUACUAGUACUACUACUACUCCUUCCAUCAAAUCAUCCUCCACCUCUGGUAAAUCACACCUUACGACUGGAGCGAUCGCUGGAACUGUAGUUGGAGGAACCACUUUCCUGAUAGGCGCAGGGAUUGGGAUUUGGAUAUUAUUACGACGGCGUCGUCACCUCAAAAAACACCUUCACUCAGUGACACCAUACCCGAUUGGUACAAGAGACAAUAAGAAUCCGGAGUCACGAAUGAGAAAAAUUUCUCGUCCGGAUCUGGCGAAACGACAGAUGAUAACCCAGCAUCAAUCGUCACAACCCUCAAACCAGGCUAGGACAGAAAGAACGGAGUUGUCGACCGAACAGCUUCUCAGGCUGCUGAGCUCGAGGUUAGAAGCUGGAAGAAGCGAGGUGGGCGAGAUGCCCCCCGAAUAUACUAGCGAGAGUUCGGAGUGGGCAAGAUAG